GGUCCUCCUUCGAACUGUGACGACUCCGAACAACCGAAAGUGUUCUGUAAAUCGAAUGUUCGCGCCGAGCUCCGGUUUCGGGAAGAAAAUAAUUCAGAGGGAAACUCCGAUGCAAAAUGUUCCGUCAAAGGGCGGUAUAUUUCAAGGCCUACAGAUCUUACUGCACCUCAAAGCGACUGAACGAAGACGAUGCUCGCAUACAGCGCUUAGCCACCGCGAUCCGGCAACACGGUCAUCGACACGCUAACGUCAAUCCCCUCGGCAGCGUCAAAGCGACGCUUCAAGAACCAGCUGCAGAAAAAAUCGAGCCCGAGGAUUUUGGCUUGUCACGGGACACCCUCCUGGACUAUGCAGGGCAAACUGGGACCGUUGACGAGUGGUAUAAACGCAUGCUCGCCAUUUAUGGGGGAAACAUCGGACUGGAGUUUAUGCACCUCGACCGAACGCGGCGUGAUUGGUUCAUCAAAUCCUUAGAGCGGGACCUCUAUCUAUCGGCAACUCCGACGAAAGAGUUCCAGAAGCAGAUCCUGAGAGCUCUUCUCGAAUCUCAGAAUUUCGAUCAUUUUGUAGCCAACAAGUUCGCCACGACUAAACGUUAUGGGGGAGAGGGGGCUGAGAGCAUGCAAGCCUUCUUCUUGCAGUUAUUCCUGCAAGCUCCGAUAAGCGGCAUAACAGACCUCAUAAUCGCGACACCCCACCGAGGCCGGCUGAACCUACUGACGGGACUUCUCAAUUUCCCUGUCGAAACAGUUUUCCGCAAGAUGAGAGGAUUGCCCGAGUAUGAAACAUUCAAGCAUCCAAGUGCUACCGGGGACGUUUUGAGCCACUUGUUCACCUCCACAGAAGUUCAAGGGAACUUGCGCGUGAGUUUGCUCCCAAACCCCUCUCAUCUUGAAGCUUCCGCUCCGAUGGCCGUGGGCAAGGCCCGCGCGCGUUUACAACAGCUUCUGGGAAACGAUCGCUACAGCUCGCUCUGCAAUUCGACUGAUUAUCACAACUCGUGGGUUUUGCCGCUUCAAAUCCAUGGGGAUGCCUCAUUCGCCGGCCAAGGUGUCAUUAUGGAGACUCUCCUUCUAUCUGGGCUCCCGCAUUUCAAAACAGGGGGAUCCUUGCACCUCAUAGUGAAUAAUCAGGUGGGUUAUACGACACCAACUAUGCUUGGCAAAUCGUCUUUCUACAAUUCGGAUGUGAUGAAGACAAUCGGCGCGCCAAUCCUUCACGUAAAUGGUGAUCAUCCUGAAGCAGUUUGCACGGUCGCUCAACUUGCUCUCGACUACAGACAAUGUUUCGGAGGGGAUGUUUUGGUUGACAUGUGGUGCUUCCGACGAUGGGGACACAACGAGAUGGAUGACCCAACUUUCACGAACCCCGUCAUGUAUAGAGAAAUUCGCUCGCGCGGGUCUGUUCCGGAUCUUUACGCAAGCAGGCUGGUGGCCGAGGGCGUCGUCACUGAAGCAGAGGUGGAGAAUCUGCUCGAGAGCCAUUCACGCAUCCUAAAUGAUGGUUUCAAGAGACUCGAGAUCACUCAGGCGCAAUCGCAAUGUUUCAACGGUAGAUGGAAGUCAAUGGGAACGGCUCCCCGAGAUGCACUCUUGACCGUUGACACGGGGUUCCCGAAGGACGUUCUCCAAUACAUCGGGCUGAAGUCCGUGGAAACUCCGGAGAGUUUCAAAGUUCAUCCCCACCUACGGAAGGUUGUGAUAAACGAGCGGACGAGAAAAUUCACCGAAGGACAAAAACUAGAUUGGGCUAUGGCAGAGUUGCUUGCUUUCGGAUCUUUGCUCUACCAAGGAUACAAUGUUCGUCUCUGUGGACAAGACGUGGGACGAGGCACAUUCAGUCAGCGUCAUAUUGAGCUUGUCGAUAACGAUACCGAAGACCGCAUCAUCACGCUGAACAAUUUGAGACCCGACCAGGGUUUCCUUGAAGUCGCCAACUCGCCGCUCAGCGAAGAAGCUGUGAUGGCUUUCGAGUACGGAUUCAGUCUAGAAAGUCCAGAAAACCUCGUCAUUUGGGAAGCGCAAUUUGGUGACUUCCACAACAGCGCCCAGGUGGUGUUAGACACUCUCAUUACCUCGGGCGAACGGAAAUGGCUCUUACAGAGUGGGGUCAUUAUCCUACUCCCCCAUGGGAUGGAUGGAGCCGGACCAGAGCAUUCAUCGUGCCGCAUCGAAAGAUUCCUUCAGAUGUGUGACAGCAAUGAGCAGGACAUGCCGGAUUCUGAAGACGUGAAUUUUAGAUUUGUAAAUCCGACGACCUCGGCCCAAUACUUCCAUCUUAUCAGACGACAGAUGCUGACAAACUUCCGGAAACCACUCAUCGUUGCGUCCCCGAAACUAAUCUUGAGAUUAGACGGAGCUUCCUCGUCGCUUGAAGAAAUGGCUACUGGAACCUCAUUCCAAACAGUGUUGACCUCCAGAGAGGACAGCGACCGCAGCGCUGUGAGACGGAUAAUUUUAUGCAACGGUAAACAUUACUUCGCGCUCGAAUCGAAGCGGAAGAUCAAGAAGCGGAACGACGUCGCCAUCGUGCGCCUCGAACAACUGUGUCCUCUGCCCGUGGCGCGCAUAGCGGAAACUCUUUCCACAUACCCGAACAUGAAGGAAGUGGUCUGGGCCCAAGAGGAACACCAGAAUCAGGGAGCCUGGUCCUUCAUCAAUCCUCGCAUCAGGAAUUUCCUGAACAUUCAGAUGCUAUACCGUGGUAGAGGACCCCUAGGAGUGCCCGCUGUGGGCGUCGGCGCCGUUCAUGCGGCCGAAGCAGAAUCAAUCCUGGAGUCGGCGUUCGAAUAGCUUGGGAGUCCGAAGAAAAGGGAAAUUUCCAUAAAUUCACCAUUCCCGGGAACUUUCAUCGCUCAUUCUCUCACGAAGAUUUUGAAGACGAUUGGACUUCGACGCCGCUAAGCCCGACCUGUGAACAGAGCGGCCUGGAAACUUUUCCUCCAUGUUCCUGCAGGCCGACUAGUAGUCUACUGAUUCCCCAGCUGGAGUCCUGAAGGUCUCGAAAUCUCUUGCCAAGUUCAGUAUGAUGGAAACGUAGCGAUCACCAUAGCAACGUUUACCCUUAACGAAAUACCUAUCUCCCAUGAUCUACGCAAGUCCCCGGAUA